UCUUGAGGGUGGUCAGAUUCCGCUCAGGGAUAUACGUAGCCUGAUAUUUCGGUCACGAUCUCACGUCCAUCUGACCUCCCAUAUGCAGGAACCAUCUGCCACAGGAUCUACGUACAGGAUUGUUUCAGCCAUAUAACCCCAUGCUAUUUUUAUUUUUCUCUCGAGUCGUUUUCGCCAGUCUUCUUCCCUGCAAACCUCUGCUCCGUCUCCCACACCCAUUUCCCCUUCUCGUACCUCCACAACCCCAGCCCUACGCUCCACCCCUGUGCCCCUUCCCACGCCUCUACCUCUUCAUAUGCCUCCCCCACCCGCCCCUCCUCGUCCACCUUGUUCAUCACCGUCCAAUGCGGCCUCCAUCCGCCGCGGUCCUGCUCGCUCAGCCCAUCCAGCCAAGCCUCUCUGAGCUCUUUAUGAAUCCGUCUCAACUCUAAUCCUCCACGUGCUACGCCUAUACCAACACCACGACGCAUGC